CCCGGUGGCGAGCGCGCCCUCGCCGGGCCAUGUACUCGGGGAACCGUAGUGGUGGCCAGGGCUUCUGGGAGGGCGACGGAACGGCGGGCGCGGAGGGAUCGGGGACGGCAGGGACGCAGAGCCCCGCGCCGCUGUUCGCUCCGAGCACCUACGAGCGCCUGGCGGUGCUUUUUGGCUCCAUCGCGCUUCUGGGCGUCGGCAGCAACCUGCUGGUGCUUGUUCUCUACUACAAGUUUCAGCGGCUUCGCACUCCCACCCACCUCUUCCUGGUCAACAUCAGCCUCAGCGACCUGCUGGUGUCCCUCUUCGGAGUCACCUUUACCUUCGUGUCCUGCUUGAGGAACGGCUGGGUCUGGGACAGCGCAGGCUGCUUGUGGGACGGGUUUAGCAACAGCCUCUUCGGGAUUGUUUCUGUGACCACCCUAACAGUGCUGGCCUACGAACGUUAUAUUCGCGUGGUCCAGGCCAGAGUGAUCAAUUUUUCCUGGGCCUGGAGAGCCAUUACCUACAUCUGGCUGUACUCGCUGGCGUGGUCAGGAGCCCCUCUCCUGGGCUGGAACAGGUACAUCCUGGAUGUACAUGGACUAGGCUGCGCUGUCGACUGGAAAUCCAAGGACGCCAACGAUUCCUCCUUUGUGCUUUUCUUAUUUCUUGGCUGUCUGGUGGUGCCCGUGGGCGUCAUAGCCCAUUGCUAUGGCCAUAUUCUGUAUUCCAUUCGAAUGCUUCACUGUGUUGAAGAUCUUCAGACAAUUCAAGUGAUCAAGAUUUUAAGAUAUGAAAAGAAAGUGGCCAAAAUGUGCUUUAUUAUGAUAGUCACCUUCCUGAUUUUUUGGAUGCCUUAUAUUGUGAUCUGUUUCUUGGUGGUGAAUGGGUAUGGACACCUGGUCACUCCAACAAUGUCUGUUGUUUCCUACCUCUCUGCUAAAUCAAGCACUGUGUAUAACCCGCUUAUUUAUAUCUUCAUGAUCAGAAAAUUUCGAAGGUCCCUUUUGCAACUGCUGUGUGUCCAACUACUGAGGUGCCAGAGGCCUGCAACAGACCUACCAGCAGCUGGGAGUGAGCUGCAAAUCAGACCCAUUGUGAUGUCCCAGAAAGACGGUGACAGGCCAAAGAAGAAAGUGACUUUCAAUUCUUCUUCCAUCAUUUUUAUCAUCACCAGCGAUGAAUCACUAUCAGUCGAUGACAGUGACAAGACUAAUGUCUCCAAAGCUGAUGUAAUCCAAGUACGGCCUUUGUAA